AUGCCCAAGCCGCCGCGGACUCGAUCACUCGAUGGUUGCGCCACCUGUCGUACGCGGAGGGUGAAAUGCGACGAAACUAGGCCCAUCUGCACCAGCUGCCAGCGUCUGGGCCUGACAUGCCGGGGCUACGAGUCUCGCCUCACCUUUGUGCAGGUUGGCCGGCCAUGGGCGGCUGAUGACGUCGAAGAUGGCCGCUAUCGUCGGCCCUUGUUUACGGAAAAGGAGCGCUUGGCCAUGAGUGAUGAGCUUCGCACGAGCAUGCGUAGAAGACGAGCCGACCGUGUAAUAGCGAAUCUGGAUGACCAAUCCCAACAGCUCGAAUUGUCAGAGGGAAACGAUGGCCUUGCGCACGGCCCGUUUGCCGUCUUCAAGUGCGCCCGCCCCGCAUCUCCUGUCGUGCCUCCGACGGCCAAUGAGGAGGAUCAAGCUUUCUCAGGCCUUCUGCCGGACCUUGACCUUAUUCCAGACGUAGUCGACUUUAACGAUGAGCAAUUCGUCGCCGCUCUCUCAGCUAUCGAUCAGGUAUUUGACGCUCAAGAACAGCCCUACGCGGAUGAAGCCCAGCAAUGUGACCAGGGUCUCCCUUUGUCUGGGAACCCAACGGACCUUUUCCUAACUCCGUACCUGAACCCAUAUCCAGACUCGAUGGCUCAUCGAGAUGCAAGUCUGCUCCUGAACAACUACAAAGACCACGUUAUCCGCCUCUUCUCUCCCUUGAAGUAUCACCGAAAGACGCCAUGGAAUAUUCUUCAGUUGCCGUGCGCCAUGACAACUCUUGCAGAAAUCACCAUGGGCUACAAAGCAAGCUAUGCACGAGCCUCCGUAUUUAACGGCGUCAUGGCCAUCAGUGCUUUCAACCUGAGCGCCUCGUCGACUAGCACGGCAAAGACUUAUUGGAACGGUGUUGCCAAUAGUUACAGGCUACAGGCGCACGAAAGCCUGAAAGCCUCGUUGGAGCAUGAGAUGUCAGUGCAAAAGAAGGCAAAGUAUAAAGAAAUGCUCAUGGCCAUCCUCUGCAUGGUUACUAUCUCCGCCUUCAGCGGUGCUACCGAAAACACAAGAGCCUACCUCCUCGAUGCAGAGCGCCUAAUCCGCCUACGCGGCCUCACCAAGCCCCGGAUAUCGCGCAAAGCUCGACUCCUGCACCACCACUACGCCUACAUCAGGCUCAUGCACGAGACGACCUCACCAAGCUGCAAGAACGCCGCACCCUUCCGCAUCACCGACUGGGCGUCGGACGAAACCAACGACGACGACGGCGACCUCGAGCACCCCUGGAAGCGCGAAAAGAGCUUCGACAUCGGCGUCCACGACCUGCACCUCGAGAUCGCCGGCGACUUCACCAAGCACACGCUCUACCCGGACGUCUACGGCAUCCCGGAGUCACUGAUGCUGCUAAUCUCGCAGACGACCCGCCUAGGCAACGAGCGCGAGGCCAUGAUGUCUGCACCCAAUUCCCCCACCUCUCCCUCCCCAGCCCAAUUCUUCCGCCGCGCCAGAGCCCUCGAGCGCGCCAUCUGCCAAUGGGAUGAUGACGAGCCGUCGUCGCCCUUGCACUCCUCCAAUUCCUCCUCCUCCUCCUCCUCCUCUUCUUCCUCCUCCUCGUCUUCCGACUCCUACUACCCCCCGGGCACCGACACCGAUGCCCACCCCGCCGCCGUCGCCGCCAACCGCCGCGCGCUCGCGCACCUCGUCCGCGCCAUGCGCGCUGCGCUAGUCGUGUAUUUCUACCGGCGCGUGCACGACGUCGCCAGCACCGCCAUCCUGCAGCCCAGCGUGGCCCGCACCAUUGAGCACCUCGAGCGCAUCCAGGACGAAGACGACGCCAUGGCGGCAACUGCACCCGCCGAGUACGACGGCUACACGACCGGUAUCGUUUGGCCCGGCUUCGUCGCGGCGUGCGAGGCUGAGGGCGAGGGGUUGAGGGGCAGGUUUGAGAGGUGGUUUGAGGUGCAGGAGAGGAAGAGUGGGGUGCCGUUGUUUGGGAAGGCGGCGGGGGUGGUGAGGAUGGUGUGGGGGAGGAGGGAUGGGGUUGGGAAGAAGAAUGGGGGUGUAGGAUGUAAGACGUACAUCGACGGCGAAUGGGUGGAUUCCGUCUCAGGGAAGACAUUCGCGGUCCAUGACCCCGCGAGCGGCCAGCUCAUCGGAAAGUGCCCGGAAUGCGUUCCUGCAGACGCCCAGCUCGCCAUCGAAGCGGCGGCCAAAGCAUUUCCAAAAUGGCGAGUACGGACAGGGCGGGAGCGCUCGAGGCUGAUCCGCAAGUGGCACGACUUGAUCCUGGAGAACAAACAGGACAUCACCACUCUAAUCACUUGGGAGAAUGGCAAAGCGAAGCCUGAUGCUUCGGGUGAAGUCUUAUUUGCUGCAAGCUACAUCGAGUGGUUUUCCGAAGAGGCGGCCAGGAUUUACGGCGACGUCGUUCCGCACAGCGUGGCUGGCACUCGCGCGUCCGUGAUUAGGGAGCCGGUGGGCGUUUGCGGGAUGAUAACACCGUGGAACUUUCCGGCAGGGAUGCUGGCCAGGAAGGCCGCCGCUGCGUUCGCUGCCGGAUGCACCUGCGUCGUCAAAACUGCCGGCGAGACGCCUUUCACCGCGAAUGCUCUGGCGGUGCUCGCAGAGCGCGCAGGCAUUCCAAAGGGCGUUCUGAAUAUUGUCACCGCGCUUGACAAUACCCCCGAAAUCGGCCUUGCGCUAUGCGAAUCCCCGGAAGUCCAGAAGAUCUCAUUCACUGGCUCCACCAGGGUUGGGAAACUGCUGAUGAGGCAGUGCAGCUCGAGCUUGAAGAAGCUCAGCCUUGAGCUCGGUGGAAAUGCACCAUUCAUUGUGUUCAACGACGCUGAUCUGGACACAGCCGUGUCCGGUCUGAUUGCGAGCAAAUUCAAGUGCACUGGCCAGACCUGCGUGUGUGCGAACAGAAUAUUCGUCCAAUCUGGGAUCCACGAUGCCUUUGUUGACAGGCUUCGGGAGGUCGUAGGGAGGUUCCGUGUUGGAUCUGGAUUCGACGACAUCGUCACUCACGGACCGCUCAUUCACGCGAAUGCCAUCUCCAAGGUGGUUGAACACGUCGAAGAUGCCAAGGCGAAAGGCGCUAAGAUCGAACUGGGUGGAAACCGGGUUACAGCUUUAGGCCCUAACUUCUUUGAGCCGACCAUCAUUACAGGCAUGACGAAAGACAUGAAGAUCGCACGCGAGGAAACUUUCGGCCCGGUGGCAGCUAUCUUCAAAUUUCAGACUGAGGAAGAAGUCGUCAAGUCCGCAAACGAGGUCGAAGUCGGGCUGGCUGCUUACGUCUUCACUCGGGAUCUCCAAACCUCACAGCGCAUGAGCGAGUUGCUGCAUGUUGGCAUGGUGGGAUUAAAUACUGGUUCAGUUUCUGAUCCUCCCUCACCAUUUGGCGGCGUCAAGCACUCGGGCUUUGGCCGAGAGGGCAGCAAGUACGGUCUUGAUGAAUACACAACGCUCAAGACUGUUGUCACUGGAGGUAUCAACACUGUUUACCACUCCAAGCUUUGA